UAGUUGACGUGUUGUUGUCAUGUCAGUCCACUUGACGUGUAAGCACAGCUGUCGUGGUAUUGAGAACCUAUUGAGUUUUCUUCAUGUUUUCAAAACUAUGAGAAGGAAAAAACCUUAAAUUAAAGUUGAACUCAAUUACAUAAAUUUUAUGUUUAAGUGAGAGACAUUUUAACUUUAAAUAUGGUGUUAAUGACUAUGAUUGCAAGAGUCGCCGACGGGCUGCCUUUGGCUGCCACUAUGCAAGAGGAUGAGCAGAGCGGGUGCAAUAUACUCGAGUACCAGAAUCAGGCUAAAAUGCUGUUUAGGAAAUUAAGCCCUCAGUCCCCGAUGAGAUGUUCCAUUGAAACCGGCCCGUAUCUCUUCCAUUAUUUGAUUGAAAAUCACAUAUGUUAUUUGGUCCUGUGUGAAAGAAACUACAGUAAACGACUAGCAUUCAAUUAUCUCGAGGAAAUAGCACAGGAAUUCUUCCAACAGUACGGACACAGGUUGAACACCGUGACUCGUCCGUACACGUUCAUAGAGUUCGACACGUGCAUGCAGCGCACGCGGAAGCAGUACGCGGAGGGCGGCGCGCGCGCCCGCCGGGCCGGCGCCGCCUCGCACCUGGCGCCGCAGCUGGGCGACGUGCAGCGCAUCAUGAUGCAGAACAUCGACGACGUGCUGCAGAGGGGAGCUAUACUGUCCGAACUGGACACGAAGACGCAAAACCUAUCGAUGAUGUCGCAGAAGUACCGGAAGGACGCCACGUAUCUCAACACGAAGUCGAUGCUGGUGAAGGUGACCGCCGGAGCCGUUAUCGUGCUCGUGAUUGUGCUUUACUUCUGGGUUCUCUAGAUGAUUCCAUGAUAGUUACGGUUUGUCUCGGGGAAAUGAGCGCGACUUAUAAUUAACACAACAACAAAUACAUAUCGUCGCUGUCAAACCAAAAUCAGCUAUGUGCAAAAACUCUAUUUUGAAUUAACGAGUAAAAACAUUUUCGUAUAAAAUUUUAUAUGAAAGUGGAUUUUUAAGAACUAUAUUAAAUGAAAGCUACAGAUAAAUAUUAAAGCUAUAGACAAAUAACAGUUUUUUUAUACUUUGGAUAAGGCUGUGAACUAUACAAAAAGGUCAAAACGUAAAAAUCUCAAAAAGUGCCCAUAGUAGAUUUUGGUUUGACAGCGACGACAUAUUAUUCAAAACGAAAACAAUGAUGGUGAAUUAUAAUUAUAGCAAAACAUUACUAUUUAAUUGUUCUUAUUUAUUAUUAAUCACGUAUGAGCAGAUUGAUGUUGCAGGAGUGGUAGGCGUCCACCGCCUACCGCCAUGUACGGUCUGAAUGAGGUUGUUGACCCCCAUAUUUUGUACGCGCGUUCAUUGCGUGUUUCCAAAAUCUAUUAUUCCAACAUGUUUAUUAUUUUUCGCCUCGCUUAAUAUGAGUCAGUAUAAUGAUAAUUUGAAUUUUUAUUGCCCCGGUAAUUAGAAUUUCUACUUUGGAAACGCCCUUAAAUGAUCGAUGCCCGCACUACCUGUCACAUUGAUAAUACCUACACUGCUAACAGACUUAACUGUCAGCGCUUAGAAUCCAUAGACAACAAAAAAUUUUUUUUUGAGUCCUUUUGACUAUUCAAUUAUUUUUUUGACCGAUUUUUAUAAUUAUUUGAGAACUAUUAUGAUCUUAAAUCUAUUCUACGGUUUAAACCAAAAUAUGUCUCUCCGGCCCAUAAUUAUAGAAUUCAAAAACCCAGAGCCAUGUUUAUUUCACAUUCGUGUGAAAGCGUCAUAUGGGACUCAGUGUUUAAAUUACUCAUUCCAGUAACUCAAUUCUUCCUCAACGUAUUUGAAUUUGUGAAUAAUAUAUAAAUUAAAAAUAUAUGUCAAAAGCAAUAAAUAAGAAAUGUAUGUAUAAUGUUGUUUUUUUAAUCCUUUGCUAUCUAUAGUUCACGCCAAUUUCAAGAGACCAGUUGCUAAAAUCGUAUGUAACAUGUGAAAUAAAAUCAAUGCAAAAUUAUUUAAAAAGUAAAUCUGUUAAAAAAAAUAUAUGUAUAAAAUACACAUAUUAUAUUAAACAAGUUGACAUAUUUUUCAAAAGAGAACACGCUUUUGGUGUUUCAAAACAGAAAUAAAUUCAAUGCGAGCAGUACCAUUUGAUAAGGGUUUUGAUGGCACCAAUUCAUUAAAAUUCAUUAGUUGUUACAUUAAAAAGAGUUGAUCAUAGAAAGAUCAUAUUGAUGGGUAAAGGGCUAUUUGGUUUAAGCGACAUUUCGCUUGACACGCGACAUCUAUCUUUUUAAUUAAAGGUCCGUUUUAUUUGGUAUUAGUAUCAUGACUUCAAUAUUUUAAAUUGAAUUUCAAUUAAGUUUACCCCAUUCAAAUAACUGAAUGUUUAUUUAGUUAGGAUAUAUAAUUAUUUUAUUAACUUUCAUAAACGAUAAAUGUCCUUAUACAAUUCCUCUAAGCUCAUUUGAGGUUUUCUAACUAUUCAACUGUGUUCAGAAAAUUGGUACAGAGAAACAUUGUAUAUUUAUUUGUAUUUAUACAUUCCAGGUCAUUUUUUUGUUCACUAAUUCAAAAUUGUUUAACAUUUUAAAUGGUCUAUAAAUAAUUAUCAGGGACACAAGAUAAUUUUAUUCCAAACAAAAAUACUCAGGCCCAGGUACCACCACGAUGAACAUUGCUUUAUACUUUCAAGCUAUUCAGAAUAAAACACAUGCGAACUUGCCUUAAAUUAAGAAAACUCAAUGAAGAACAACUGACAUCAAGAAUCUUAAAACUAAUAACAGAUAGAUUUGGCAUUAUUAGUGUUGUAUUUCAGUAUGUAAAUAAAGUAAUAUUAGAGUUAUUAUAAUAAUUUUAUUAUGUAUUAUUGGUCAGGUCAUUCAUAAAGUAGGUAAUCAGGCACAUCUUAUUAUUGUUUCUCACAUAUUAAUUGUGUAUGUUGGUGAUGGAAUGUUGAGUUUGAUCACAAUUUUUACUGUUGUAUUUGAUUUAAGGUUUAAUAAACAUGCAUCCCUUUUAAA